AACAGUACCCUGAGCAGCAAGUUCAUCUCGCAUGGCAUACUGCUGGCAGAGCAAGGGAAAUGAAGACAUCAGAAGAAGGAAAGAUCAGAAGCAGCCAGUGGUUUUUUUUAGUGUCAACCAUGCCUUGUUUCACAUACAAGGGAAUGAGUUUGCCUGUAGUGGACUACUACUCAGAGGAAACACUCCGCUAUGUUGAAAAUGAAUUCCAAAUAUUGGAUGAUGAUAUAGUGAAUGUUACUUACCCCAAGUCAGGUUAGUGUUGUCUGGAUUCCUGACUAAGCAAACCAAGUUCUUAUCACAAAAUGCAGAAUCAGGUGGCAUUUGCCCUCAAACGGAAGGUACCCAUUGGAUGCAGGAGAUCCUGGGCUUAAUCUGGCAUGAUGGGAACCCCUCCUGGGUUCAGAGUUUACCAGCGUGGGAACAGUCACCUUGGAUUGAGAGUGUUCCAGGCCUACAGGUUGCCUUGAAAACUCCUACACCCAGGCUCCUGGCAUCUCACCUGCCUUUCCACAUUUUCCCCAAGUCCUUCCUGCACUCCAAGGCCAAGGUUAUCUAUACCGUGCGUAAUCCCAAAGAUGUGAUGAUCUCAUCCUACCAUUUCAACAAGGGCUUAAAAGCAGUGGAGGACCCUGGAACUUUGGAAGAGUACAUGGAGGAGUUCCUGAGUGGGAGUGUGUCUUUUGGUUCCUGGUUUGAGCAUGUGAAAAACUGGAUGGAGAUGAAGGACAGAUCCAACUUCUUCUUCAUCACCUACGAAGAACUACAGCAGGACCUACGAGGAAGUGUGAAGAGGAUUUGUCAUUUUAUUGGUAAAGAGCUGAAUAGUCAGCAAAUCGACUCUGUGGUGGAAAAUGCCUCCUUCCACAAGAUGAAGGACAACAAGAUGUCCAAUAAUACUCAAUUUUCAGAUACCUAUUUUGAUCACACAAAAGCAAAGCUCAUGAGGAAAGGUAUUUCUGGGGACUGGAAGAACCACUUGACUGUGGCACAGAAUGAACACUUUGACCGUGUUUAUCGUGAGAACAUGCAGGGUCUGCGCAUGACAUUUCCAUGGGAUUGAAGAAUGUCAGAUUAUUCCUCCUGCUAUUUUUGAUCCUCAUGCCUCUCAUGGUUGAAGUGUGUCCUGCUAAAUAAACAGAUUUCU